ACGCAAUAAAAAAUCUCCUGUCCAGGAGAUCGCCGUUCAUUCGAUUCGCCGGAGCCCUAACGUCACCGGAGCUGAAUGACACUUUACAUAGUCGGAUCAUGGCGUUGGGACGGGAACGAAAGAAGGUUACUCCUCCGCUGGACGAAUGGCUGAAACAAGGGAAAGAAAUAAACCCUACGGAUCUAAGAGGCCUCAUCAAUGCUCUCUGCGAGUCUCAGAGAUUCAAUCACGCCCUCCAGGUCUCCGAGUGGAUAAGUAAAAGAGGUAUUUUCGAUCUAAGCACUGAAGAUUUAGCAUCUCGGCUUUAUCUUGUUGAGAUCAGUUCAGGGUUGAAAGAAGCAGAGAAGUUCUUCAAAAUCAUUCCUGAAAACAUGAGAGACGACUCAGUCUACAUCAGUCUCUUAAGGUUGUACACAAAAUCCAAGAAAACACGGCACGAAGCGGAAGCCACUUACCAGACGAUGAGAGAGCAAAACAUGCUUUUGAAACCUUAUCCUUACUACAGCAUGAUUUGUCUCUAUGCUCUUCUUGGAGAAAAAAACAUGAUCGACGAGAUUCUGAGGCAGAUGAAGGAGAAUGGAGUAGAACAUGACAAGAAUCUCACGGCCAAUAACGUUUUGAAGGCUUAUGCGAGUGUACCCGAUGUGGAGGCAAUGGAAAAGUUUCUAGUGGGGUUAGAAGACGAAGACCCGCCAUUCCAGUUGGCGUGGAAAACGGGAAUAAGCAUCGCAAAGGCUUAUUUAAAAGAUGGUUCAAGUAAAAAAGCGGUAGUGAUGUUGCGUAGAACAGAACUUGUAGUUGAUACAAAGUCGAAAGACUCAGCGAACAAGGUUUUGAUGAAGAUGUAUGGGGAUGCUGGAGCAAAACUAGAUGAGUCUCGCCUUUAUAGGUUCAUCUAUCUGAAUAGUAAAAAGGGUAAGAGAAUGAGAGCAUAUCAAAGCAAAGAAAGCGAUGGAGGGGUCUCUUACUACCGGGACUCUUACUACCCGAUAUUUUUAUGUGGUGGUGGCUGUGGCGGUGGAUGUGGUGGUGGUGAUGGUGAUGGUGACGGUGAUAGUGGUGUUGGUGAUGUUGGUGGUGGUGAUAGUGGUUGUGAUGGUAAUGUUGGUGGUGGUGAUGUUGGUGGUGAUGAUAGUGGUGGUGGUGGUUGUGGCGGUGGCGGUUGUGGCGGUGGAGGUUGUGGCGGUGGGGAUUGAGAACAAAACCAAGUAGAGAGUGGGUUGGUCAGUCAGAUUUUCUUUAAAAUAAUGAAGUAGUUAUUAGUUU